AUGGUUGAUGCUUCGACCGUUGCCGUAGGAGCAGUCCUCCAACAGGAUAUCAACGACUCGACACGACCGUUGGCAUUCUUCUCCAAGAAGCUUUCACCUGCCGAGACGAGAUAUAGCACGUUUGGCCGUGAACUUCUUGCCAUUUACCUAGCCGUAAAACAUUUCCGACACUUCCUUGAGGGUCGUGACUUCACAAUUUUCACAGACCACAAACCACUUACAUUUGCCAUCCGAUCCCAUUCUGACAAAUAUAACCCGAGAGAGAUUUCUCAUUUGUAUUACAUCUCGCAAUUCACCACCGACAUACGCAACCUUGAUGGCCCGAAGAAUGCGGUGGCCGACAUGCUGUCCAGACCUUCCCUCUCGGUGUUUCACCUCUCACUCGGGAUUGAUCUUGGUGCUAUGGCGGCUGAACAACGACGUGUUGGAUGUCCUGGCGACGAGUCUGUUGACAGUCUUCAAUUAGUUGACGUCCCAUUGACCACCGGCACUGGCACAAUCCUUUGUGACGUAUCGACUCCGUUUCAUCGCUCUUACGUGCCUGUCUCGAUGCGUCGAGCUGUUUUUCAAACUCUCCACGGACUCUCCCAUCCUGGGAUUCGAGCCUCACAGAAGCUCCUCGCGGACAGGUUCGUAUGGCCUGGGUUGAACAAGGAUGUGAAAGCUUGGACACAAUCGUGCCUUUGCUGUCAACGUAACAAGGUUCAACGCCACAACAAGUUUCCAUCGGGCACGUUCCCCAGCCCCGAGGCACGGUUCAAUCAUGUGCAGUUAGAUGUCGUAGGUCCUUUACCUCCAUCCAGUGGCUAUACUCACCUUCUCACCUGCGUUCAUCGUUAUACUCGUUGGCCGGAAGCCAUUCCUUUACCGAAUGUGCAAGCUGAGACCAUUGUAAAAGCCUUCGUCAGUCGCUGGGUCGCCAUAUUCGGUGCUCCAUCCGUGAUUACGACUGAUCGAGGAGCGCAGUGUGAGUCCACACUUUUCCAAACUUUCCUCAACUUCCUUGGCUGCACACGUAUUCGGACGACGGCCUACCACCCAGCUGCCAACGGCAUGGUUGAGCGUUUCCGCCGCCAGGUAAAGCCGCUGGUUUUAAAUUUGAAGAUAAGUGGAGGAUAUUAUUUUAAGUGGUUUUUCUGUGAGACCUAACGAUUUUAGUACCUGUUUUUUGUUUGAAUAUCCUUAAAUACAGACCUUUUCUCUAAGAACUGCCUGCUGCCAUCUCCUUUCGAGUUUCGCUAGUCUAUGCCCGUUGUUCACUAAUCGCAUUUUGCAAUUCUCAUUUUGUGCAUCCGAUUUCUCUCUAACUGUUGUAAUUUAUUUUUACAUCGUUAGCCCCUAGCUGAAAUUCAGUCAACUUGUCUGCCAGAAGUUUUCUUAAUCACAAACUGCCUCGAGACAAGAUGAGACCAAAAGUCACUGGUCGACGUAAGCUCUCGGCUCUUGUAAGCAAACAUGGCCUAACUAAACGUAAGUCAGAAGCUUUACCUAAAUCUAAGUCAGAUGAUGUUACUCGUCAGUCGUCACCCGUUGUAAUUGGUCGGCAGCUUAAUCUGUCUGCACUUGACCACUGCAAUGACUUUAUGCUAAAGUUUGGCUCUUUGCUGACAAUUCUUGGACAUUUAUUCGACAGGAACAUCUCCGAUAUUCCCUCUGAAGAAUGUAGGCGUCUCGACUCACUUGUUCACUUGAUCGCCAGUGAAUCUAGUGAUAGACAGAAGCGUUCUUACAACUUCCUGCUAAAAAAUGUUCCUCGAUCUGCUCGGCCAAUUGAUGUUGCGACCAGUUUCCUGUAUUCAUGUGGUUUCAACUAUAAAAUAGCUGAUGCCAAACGCUUGUCCUCCCGUAGUACAAAUCCACCCAUCUUAGUCAAAUUGUUUUCAUCAAUCGAAGUUGACACAAUCUUUACUCAUCGAGAGCGUGUCACUGCGUACCUAGAGAAGGCAAAAUUUUUCCUUUGUCGUGAUCUUACUCCAAUGGAGCGUAGAAUCGGGUCUCUAUUCUCACGUAAACCUACUGCUUCUCAGUCUAAUGCUCCCCAACUCGGUCAUAAUACAAGUGGCCGUAAGGAUUCAGCUUCUCCUACUCCUGCGACAUCUGACUGCCUCCUUCCUCUUUCUCCUACAUCUCCAUCUCACUCAAGCCACUUGACGCAUUUGUCUGCACCUAAACUUGCAGCAACAGCAGCAGCCCCAUUUGUCGUUUCGUAUCCUCCGGAUAGUCCCGCUGAGACACAUGAAAAUCCGUCUACAUCAGCUAGAACGAUAACUUCUAUUGUCCAACUGGGUGCUGUAAGGUCUACAGCUAAGUCACCCGUGGCUUGGCGUCAGAACGGUGAGACUCGAAAAUUGAAUCAGACUCCGACCCAAAAGAUAGGUAGUACAGUUCCGUUUAUGGGUACGACGCCUUCUCUUAGAUCUAACAAGUCUGUUCAGCCCAGCACGUCUACAAACCCCGCAGCUCCAAUUAUAUCCCCGAAUAAUUCUCUGUCCUGCGUACCGGUUACUUAUCAAAGCCCUACUAUAUAUCCAGCAAAUAAUUCAUACAUGAAUUGCCCUAAAUCAUUUAUGCCCCAACCUAGUUCAGGCUUCCCAAAACUUAAGGCCAAUUGCUCUCAGGUACGUCAACCUCUCUCCUUUGACUUCCAAUCUAGACCUGGUUUCCCACUAUUUCAGUCUUUUAGUGGCCUACCCUCACCCAUUAGCCCCUACUUUCCUUCUAGCCUCCCUCCUCCUCCUCCCCUUCCUCCAUUAUUUAA